ACAACCGCCCCCCUCGCCUACGGUUUUCUUCGGCUCUCUCUCGCCGCUAUAUAUUGAAGGCUUUCGGCAGCCUCCCCAAAACCGUUGUCGCGUCUCUGCUUGGUGGUCGCUUCUCUUCUCCUGCCGACGAAAAUGUCGAAGCGAGGACGCGGAGGUAGUGCGGGUAACAAGUUCAGGAUGUCGCUGGGUCUGCCGGUGGCGGCCACAGUUAACUGUGCGGACAACACGGGGGCCAAGAAUCUCUACAUUAUCUCGGUAAAGGGAAUCAAGGGUCGCUUGAACAGGUUGCACUCUGCCUGUGUUGGAGACAUGGUGAUGGCCACCGUCGAGAAGGGGAAGCCCGACCUCAGGAAGAAGGUCAUGCCUGCAGUCAUCGUCAGGCAGCGCAAGCCGUGGCGCAGAAAGGACGGCAUCUACAUGUACUUUGAAGUGGUACCAAUGUGCAUCUGAACUUUUAGCAAGUUUCCUUCAAGUAAAAUCGAUGGGAAGGCCAAUUGUGAUAUUUCAAGUAAAAUUAAUAGGGAAUGUCAAUGAUAUAUAAAUUAAUAUUCAUUAUCUAUUAUUAAAGUAUUUAUUUUGACUUAGUUAGAUAAAACACAUUGACUAUAUAAAUAGACAACUAUCGUUUGUAACUUAUAAGUUUUUAUGAUAGGCCAAAAUACUUUUCAGGAAGCUAGGUCCAUCCCCUAUUCAAUUAGGGACAUUGGAUCGGCAGUAUAUUGCUUCACCUACAUGAAAUGGGCUAACUUGUUACAUUGACACUAGACUAUACAAAAAACUUGUCCCGUGAUUGCUUGCCACUCUAAUAUGAGGAACUAGACAUUUCUUAUUGGAGAAAGACAAAGCCAUGUUGGCAAGAAGAGAAAAGGAGAGGGGGAAUGAUCAAAGCAUUUUUUUCUAUUAGAUAAUUUGUUUCAAACCUACGAAAACUCAAAAAAAAAAAAAAAACAAAAAGGAAUUGGAGCUGCAUUAAGAAGAUAAAAAAAAGACACUACUGGUGCAUUCAUGCUUUUGCCUACAAAGACCAGUAGUGUCUUUUUUUAUCUUCUUAAUGCAGCUUCAAUUCCUUUUUUAUUUUUAUUUUUUUUUUAGUUUCGUAGGUUUGAAACAAAUUAUCUAAUUGAAAAAACUCCCGCUUUGAUCAUUCCCCCUUUUCUCCCUUUCUCUCCUUGCCGACACGGCUCUGUUUUCCUCCAGUAAGAAACUAGACUGAAAUGUCUUCUUCUUUGAAUAGAAGAAGAGUUAAAGUGGCAAGCAAUCACGGGCAAGUUUUUUGUAUAGUCCAGUGUCAAUGUAAUAAGUUAGCCUGUUUCGUGUAGGUGAAGCAAUAUACUGUAAUCGAAUAGGAGAUGAACCUAGUUUAAAAUAGAAGUAUUUUAGUUAUAAAUGAUAAUCGUCUGAUACUAUUUAUAUACUCGACGUGUUUUAUCUAACUAAACUAAAAUAAAUACUUUAACUAAUAGAUAGUGAAUGUUAAUUUAUAUAUCAUUGGCCUUUCCCAAUUGAUUUUACAUGAGAUAUCAUAAUCAACGUACAACCUCAAAUCUACCCAACACUUCCUAUCCCUCUGGAAAAUCAGACAACCGGAACAGCACGACAGGUGAAGUUUCGCGGGGGUCGCACGGAGGUAAUGAACAAAAUGGCUGCUUGUGUGACAGGUGGUCUGGUCUCUUUCCUAUUCAAGAAGUCUACACACGUUCUCAAAGAGCGGUUGACAAAGUUAAGUUUGUGCUAAACUUGUCAUGGCACGGGCCCCAUGUACAGAAAAGAUUCGUGCGUAGCUCGUUCAUACCCCCAUUAUCCGUUAUUGGAGCCAGGUUUGUCUAGAAAAAAAAGUCAAAUUGGAGAAAAUAAAAUCUUCUCCCAAAAAAGAUGAGAAGAAAGUAGAUUUUUUUAUCUUUUUUCACUCAACUUGGAAAGUUAAGACGCAAUGAAAUCGUGGGUUAUGCCAGGUUUAGCUAAUGGUUUUAGUCAUCAACUUCCUUGAUUGAAGCAGGUUUCUGUCGCGCAUCCGACAUCUGAAGCACAUUGAAUUAUCUCCAAGAUAAUAUGUCAUGAUUCAAAGUGACCGACACUAGACGGUGACUGAAAUUGCUGGCUACUUUUGGUCAUGAAAUUCGUCCUCAUUAUGCCCCCACCCUCAGUGAAACCAUGAGAAGAACCUGCAGUACCCGUGGCACCGGUUCAUGGACAUGUAGCGCUGGUUCGUUGACUUGGGCGACUGAUGGUUCGUCCAUGUGGAACUCGUGCAACACAUCUGGCAUCGUCAUUUCUCCAAAAGCCACGGGCCAGCACAACCUUUGUGGUACGCGUGCUUGCAACAUGCAAGCAGUAGACACACUUUGCCGUCCUCGAAAUCCCUCGGUGAAUAGCAAAGUCCGUGUUCCUGGCCUUUGUUUCAUUGCUAUUGCACGCGACGAUCACCUGCGCGUGCACACCAAAAGACGACAAGCUAAGUUGCUGCCGUUCUGGAGGAUCCUCAGCUCCGGCGAGGAAUCAGAGAAAAGAAAGCGAUGGGAUUGAGGAAAAUGUUGAUUUCGCCGGCAAAGAAGGACUCGAGAUGGAUGGCGACGGUGGUGGCGAAGAUGGGGACGAUGAUGAAGAUGAUAAGUGAGAGAAGUGACGAGGUCAUCGUGCAAACGGAGAAAGAGCUACUCGGCAGGAGAAAGGAGAACUGAAACGCACGUCAAACGCUUAGGAAUUGGAGCAGCAACAAGCCUCUCUCUCUCUCUCUCUCUCUCUCUCUCGAUCGAUCGAUCUUCUAGGCGUUCCAGAAGCCUUGUCCACCGUUGAUCGGUGCCGGAAACCACCGCCUACCAUGCGACAUCCGUGCUCUGCAAAUAACGGUGUUCUCGCGCUUGAGCUUCGAAUCUGGGUGCUCCAUCAAGGAACUCGAGUUUAUUGAACCAAGGAGAAUUUCUUUCGACUUUCGAUAACUUGGGGCCUUCAAGCUUUCUGAUUUUCAUCGAGUGUGGAAGUUGA